CAAACACGAAUACAUUUCAAUGUUUACUGAUAUAUGACAAUUUGAGUUUUGACAUACGUCAAUAUGGCGACCACGGCCUUAGAUUCAGAAAUUACUCAAAGUGAUAAAUAUUCCAUAUUAUUACCGACUUACAACGAAAGAGAGAACCUACCGAUCAUAAUAUGGCUAAUAAUUAAAUACCUCGACAAUAGCUGCUACGAUUACGAAGUUAUUAUCAUCGACGAUGGCAGCCCAGAUGGUACACUGGAAGUGGCGAAACAACUGCAGAAGCUAUAUGGAUCAAAUAAAAUAUUAUUACGUCCGAGAGAAAAAAAGUUGGGACUUGGAACUGCCUAUAUUCAUGGCAUGCAACAUGCAACAGGCAAUUUUAUUAUCAUCAUGGAUUCAGAUUUAAGUCACCACCCUCAAUUCAUUCCAAAGUUCAUAGAACUACAGAAGAAGCAUGAUUAUGACCUUGUAUCGGGUACUCGCUACAAGGAUGGUGGUGGUGUUUAUGGAUGGGAUUUUAAGAGGAAACUAAUUUCAAGGGGAGCCAACUUUAUAACACAACUUUUGUUGAGGCCUAAUGCUUCUGACUUGACUGGUUCUUUUAGGCUUUACAAAAAGGAUAUACUACAGAAAUUGAUAGACAGCUGUGUGUCCAAGGGUUAUGUUUUCCAAAUGGAGAUGAUCAUUCGAGCGAGGCAGUUAGACUACACCAUAGGAGAAGUGCCAAUUACAUUCGUCGAUCGUGUGUAUGGGGAGUCCAAACUUGGUGGAUCAGAAAUUUUGCAAUUUGCUAAAGCAUUAUUGUAUUUAUUUGCUACCACAUAAAGUACAGUUUUAUUUGAAGUUUGAGACAAAUUCUAUUGUACACAAUCUCUUAACCGAAUUUGACAGAACUAAAGAUACUUCUAUCCCUUUCUAAUAUAGUGUAAAAAUAAGUUGAGAGAUUGUGUUUAAUGGAAUAACCACCGGUAUUUGUUUUAUUGCAAUCAUAAUACAAAAUAGUUAAAUACUUUAAAGUGUUUCUAGAUGUUGCCCUGUAACAGACUUCGAGUAAUAGACAAACUGUGGCCUUAGCAACCAGAACACAACACUUUGUAUCAACCAAAUUACUUAGAGCUUGCCAUGAAGUCCUACUGUCCUUAGGCUGUGCAUACAUUGGCAUAUCGACAGCUGACUGCCCGUAAACAUUCUCGUCUAUUGCAUGAAGUCUCCAUAUAAAGAGCUGACUAAAAUGUAAGAAAAAAUAUAAUUGUUAUAAUGAAACCCACUUUUGGUUCAAAAUGUAAAUUUGAAUAGCUAAGUACAAAUUCCUUCCUUUUCCUUAUAAUUAUUAGAUAUUUAAAAAUGUAUCGAUAUUUAAGCAAACUCAUGUUUUUUUUUUAUGUUGAGACUAAUAAAUGUUGUAACCCA